AUACAUCCCAUACUUGGCGCGACCAGUUGAUUCGCCAUCUUUGAUCGUGGACGCGCACCCGCAAGCGAGGGAUCUGAAGAAUGGCGAAGAAAACGUCGUUGCUGCUCCUCCUCCUCGCGUUGUCAAUAUCAGUGGCAUCGGGAUUAAGCAACCCAGUACCUGCUUAUCUGCCGUCGCCGAAGAAGUGUGGAAGGAAUGAGUUCUACAAGGCCUGCGUCAGCAGCAACUGUGCAGAGAAUUUGUGUGGAGAAUCAAUUCGCAAGACAUGCGUGGAGGACUGCGUUUCUGGUUGCUACUGCGCCCACGAUCACUACCGAAAUCGACUGGGCCUUUGCGUCACCAGUUGCGAGAAGGACGACGAGGGAUAUUUUGGACUACCUGUCCCCUUCCUACAGUGGAUACCUCGUGCUCCGUCGAAGAAUUAUUUCAUUCUCGGAAGUUAUCACGUGCCCAGCAGACCGGCUGGCUAGCCUUCUUUGAUAGCUGCAAAAGUUUGGGCUCAAACUCUGUAAACUUCUCAUGAAAGCCUCGUUGCCACAAUUAAAUAUGGAUGUAUUUUGU